AUGGCCAGCUGGGAUAGGUAUGGCGAGGACAAGAAAUAUCGGAAAGACGUCGACAUGAAUGACAAUCCCAAGCAUGUUGGUGAGCCGCUUAGGAAGCUGACCUUGGAGGACCGGCUCGAGCUGCGCCGGCAGACCCGCGAGAGGGAGAAAAAGCGGUCGGUGUUCGCGGAGAUCGAUGCCGCCGAGGAGAGCGACGAGCUCGUGGAUGACAGACCUGCCAAGAGAACCAAGUCUGGUGGGGAGGUCAAUGGCGAGCACACGCCAGAUCUGGACAUCGUCACCGUGGCCACCAACGGCAAGACCAACGGCAAGGCCAAGGAAGUCGUCGACCUGGCCGAUGACGACAUUGGCAAGCGGGCCGCUGCCAUCCGCCGGGCCAGGAGGAGGGCCAUGGCCCAGGCAGCCAAGGCGGCGCCUGCGCCCCGAGCGCCCCCGCCUGCUUCCUCGCCUUCCAUUGAUCCAGAGGUGGAGGUUCUGGAGUGA